CUGUGAUGGGGGAAUUCCUCACGGGUCUUCACUUUCUCCUCUCUCUAUCUCCUGCUGUUCGUGCGCCGUCUCGGCUCUCCACGGAAUUUAAACGUCACUCACGGUUGCGCGAGAGGCUUCACGCUCCGUGUGUCGCCAGUCCCCUGCCUCGCGCACAUUAAUAUUCCUGUAAGUCUCAGUCAUGAAUAACAAUUACACCGUGUACCGGGGGUAGAGGCGGGCGCUCGGUGCUCACACACUCAGAGCGGCGGCAGCUCGGGGCGGAGGAAGGUUGAGCGUGGAGCUGCAGAUCGGGGCCGCGCCUGCAGACAACUCGUCGUCGCUUCCACCUGGAAUGAGUCGGGUUACCCCGGCCUGACGCGCUCUUUCACCAGCCUGCUGUUUUGUUUUUUUUACCGUGCGCUCGCUCGUGACACCGACAAGAGGCUUUUACAGAUGUUGGUUCACUCGUACUCCACCGCGGACCGGCAUGACGGUGUCUCGAGCCACAGCUCGCGCCUGUCCCAGCUGGGCUCGGUGUCGCACGCGGGACCCUACUCCAGCGCGCCGCCGCUGUCUCACGCGCCCUCUUCGGACUUCCAGCCUCCGUACUUCCCGCCGCCGUACCAGCCGCUCGCUCACUACCAGAGCCAGGACCCGUACUCCCACGUCAGCGACCCUUACUCCCUGAACUCCCUGCACCAGAGCCAGCAGGGCGCAUGGGGGGCGCGGCAGCGGCAGGACGUCGCCGGAGACCGGAUGGACAGCUCGGCUCUGCUGGCGCAGCCGCGGGCCUCGCUGCCGCAGCUGUCCGGGCUGGAGCCGCGGCGGGACUACGGCGGUGUGCGGCGGCCUGAUGUGCUGCUGCACUCCGCUCACCCGGGACUGGAGCCCGGCAUGGACGGACUGCUGCACGGGCUGCACGGUAUGGAGGACGUGCAGACAAUCGAAGACACCAACGGAACGAACAUCCUGGAUCAGUCGGUGAUUAAGAAAGUGCCCAUGCCGCCCAAGAACAUGGGCUCCCUGAUGCUCGGCAAGGACGGCCUGAUCGGCGGGGUGACCGUCAACAUCAACGAGGUGUUCUGCUCGGUACCGGGCCGCCUGUCGCUGCUCAGCUCCACCUCCAAGUACAAAGUGACCGUAGGGGAGGUGCAGAGGAGACUGUCCCCGCCCGAGUGCCUCAACGCCUCCUUGUUGGGGGGCGUGUUGAGAAGAGCGAAGUCCAAAAACGGUGGGAAGUGUCUGAGAGAGAAGCUGGAGAAGAUCGGACUCAAUCUGCCUGCCGGGAGACGCAAAGCUGCCAACGUCACGUUACUCACAUCUCUUGUAGAAGGUGAAGCGGUCCACCUGGCCCGGGAUUUCGGUUACAUCUGCGAGACGGAGUUCCCCACCAAAGCCGUGAGCGAGUACCUCAACCGGCAGCACACCGACCCCAACGAGCUGCACACGCGGAAAAACAUGCUGCUGGCGACAAAACAGCUGUGUAAGGAGUUCACAGACCUGCUGGCCCAGGACAGGACUCCCCUGGGCAACUCGAGGCCCAGCCCCAUCCUGGAGCCCGGCAUCCAGAGCUGCCUCUCCCACUUCUCCUUCAUCACGCACGGCUUCGGCUCGCCCGCCAUCUGCGCCGCGCUCACCACCCUCCAGAACUACCUCACCGAGGCUCUCAAAGGACUCGACAAGAUGUUUCUCAGCAACCCUCCCAACAACCGGCACGGGGACGGCGGCAACAAGGGUGGCGACAAAGAGGAGAAGCAGCGGAAAUGAAGCACGGGGAGAAGGGGAGCGAUGACGGAGAGCUGAACGAAUGGGAGGCCGACACACAGACAGACAGACAGACAGACAGAGGCGUUACACCGUCACUUCUAGCUUUACACCACUGCCACUGACCUGCCACACACAGGGCUGAGGUGGAGGAGGAGGAGGAGGAGGAGGAGAAGGAGGAGGAAGGCUCGGUAGAGAGGAAAAGGCAGAGGAAGACACCCGUGGGCCAGUGUCAGAGAGCACAGAGGGAUUUUUCAUCUGUGUUACGUUCUUUUCAUUCCCCUGAGGACAUGGUGGUUACUGUGUUACAUCCAUUUCGCUCCUUCUGCCUGCAUCCUGUGAGACUGAGACGCUGCGAGCAGCCAACAAACUACAUUGUGUGUGUGUGUGUGUGUGCGCGUGCCUGAGUGAGUGUGUGUGUGCGUGUGUGUGCUUGUGUUUGUGUUUGUCCUCACGCAGAAAAGCAUUGUGGGUAUGAAGAUCGGGUGACGAGCAUUCUCUCUGUGAAAAAGGUUUGUCUGGUUCCUUAACACAAGUGCGAGGAGGGAGGGUGUUAAUUUAUGUGUGUAAAUAUUUAUUUAUAUUAAUUUAAAUGGAUGGUUGUGUAAAUAGGUGCACCCGCAAUUUUGGAGUAGGCCUAUUUAUCUGUGAUUCGAUC